GGCGUCCGGUGCCCAGCGUUCCCUGCAGGGCUGCCGCGGCGCAGAGGGGCCUUCGGGAAAUUCCGCUGGACACGCGCUGCCGUUGACGGACCCUGUCUCUGGGCCUUGCAGGUGUCCGGGCCGCUGGAUUUGGAGACAACAUGUCUGCCUCGGUGGAAGAAAGCCUUCAGCUUCAGCUGCUGGAGAUGGAAAUGCUGUUUUCUAUGUUUCCCAACCAAGAGGAGCUGAAACUUGAAGAUGUCAAUGCCCUGACGAAUAUAAGGAGGUAUCUGGAAGGCGCAAGGGAGGAGCUACCCCCAAAUAUCGAAUUUGUGAUUACGCUCCAGAUUGAGGAGCCCAAGGUGAAAAUUGAUUUGCAAGUAACCAUGCCUCACAGCUACCCCUACGUGGCGUUGCAGUUGUUUGGACGGUCUUCUGAGCUUGACAGACAGCAGCAGCUGCUCCUCAACAAAGGUCUCACUGCUUACAUCGGGACUUUUGACCCAGGUGAGCUCUGUGUGUGUGCAGCAAUCCAGUGGCUGCAGGACAACAGUGAAUCCUACUUCCUGAACAGAAAGCUAGUGUACGAACCGUCCACACAGGCCAAGCCCAUCAAGAACACGUUCCUCCGAAUGUGGAUCUACAGCCACCAUAUAUAUCAGCAGGACCUCAGGAAAAAGAUUUUGGAUGUGGGGAAGAGGUUGGAGGUGACUGGAUUUUGCAUGACAGGCAAGCCUGGCAUCAUCUGUGUGGAGGGCUUCAAGGAGCACUGUGAGGAGUUCUGGCACACGAUCAGGUACCCCAACUGGAAGCACAUCUCCUGCAAGCACGCCGAGAGUGUGGAGACAGAGGGCAGUGGCGAGGACCUGCGCCUCUUCCACUCCUUUGAAGAGCUGCUCCUGGAGGCCCACGGCGACUACGGACUGCGCAACGACUACCACAUGAACCUGGGCCGGUUCUUGGAGUUCCUCAAGAAACACAAAAGCGAGCACGUCUUCCAGAUCUUGUUUGGUAUUGAAAGCAAAAACUCCGAGUCCUAGGGAGCCGCCGAGAGGCCUAUGCUGGUAAUUCCUUUCCGUCAGUCUUUCAGAGAGAAAGCUGGGAGCAAAAUGGAGCUCCAGAAUUGCACCUGGCAAUGAAAUUCAGCUGGUAAUGAAAUGAAUUGGCCUUUUAACUUUAUAACAGUGUGAUUGCGAUGUUCUCUCUGGGUUCUUGUGUCAAGUCGUUUGAAAACAGUUCUGUUGUAAAUUAAUAAAAACAAUCCAUUUAACCUG